AAGUCGUAACCGUUCAAAACUUCCUCUCUCUCUCUCUACUAAGCUACUUAUCGAAGAUGCGAGAGAUUCUUCACAUCCAAGGCGGACAAUGCGGGAACCAGAUCGGCGCUAAGUUCUGGGAAGUAGUCUGCGCCGAGCACGGGAUCGAUUCGACGGGAAGGUACCAAGGAGAGAGCGAUUUGCAACUCGAACGAGUCAAUGUGUACUACAACGAAGCGAGUUGCGGGAGGUUCGUCCCACGCGCCGUACUGAUGGAUCUUGAGCCGGGGACUAUGGACAGUGUCAGAUCGGGUCCGUACGGUCAGAUCUUCCGUCCUGAUAAUUUUGUUUUCGGCCAAUCCGGCGCUGGUAACAACUGGGCGAAAGGUCAUUAUACGGAAGGUGCUGAGCUGAUUGAUUCGGUUCUCGAUGUUGUUAGAAAAGAGGCUGAGAACUGUGACUGCUUGCAAGGAUUUCAAGUGUGUCAUUCAUUGGGAGGUGGAACUGGAUCUGGUAUGGGGACUUUGUUGAUCUCCAAGAUUAGGGAAGAGUACCCUGACCGGAUGAUGUUGACGUUCUCUGUUUUCCCGUCGCCUAAAGUGUCUGACACUGUUGUUGAGCCUUACAAUGCAACUCUUUCCGUCCAUCAGCUUGUGGAGAAUGCAGAUGAGUGUAUGGUUCUUGAUAACGAAGCUCUCUAUGACAUUUGCUUCAGAACUCUUAAGCUCACCACUCCUAGCUUUGGAGACUUGAACCAUCUCAUCUCUGCGACCAUGAGUGGUGUCACUUGCUGUCUCCGUUUCCCUGGUCAGCUAAACUCUGACCUGCGUAAGCUUGCAGUGAACUUAAUCCCAUUCCCACGUCUCCACUUCUUCAUGGUCGGAUUCGCACCUCUCACAUCUCGUGGAUCACAGCAAUACCGAGCCUUAACCGUCCCUGAGCUCACCCAACAGAUGUGGGAUGCUAAGAACAUGAUGUGCGCAGCUGACCCGCGCCACGGCAGGUACUUGACUGCUUCAGCCAUGUUCAGAGGCAAAAUGAGCACCAAAGAAGUAGACGAGCAGAUGAUCAACGUUCAGAACAAGAACUCAUCUUACUUCGUCGAGUGGAUCCCCAACAACGUGAAGUCAACAGUCUGUGACAUUCCACCAACUGGUCUGAAAAUGGCUUCCACUUUCAUCGGGAACUCGACAUCUAUCCAGGAGAUGUUCAGGCGUGUGAGCGAGCAGUUCACUGCCAUGUUCAGAAGGAAAGCUUUCUUACAUUGGUACACAGGUGAAGGAAUGGACGAGAUGGAGUUCACGGAGGCAGAGAGCAACAUGAACGAUUUGGUGUCGGAGUAUCAACAGUACCAAGACGCAACUGCUGAUGAUGAAGAAGGGUAUGAGUAUGAAGAAGAUGAAGAGGAAGUGCAGGAGGAGCAAUGACGGUAAAAGAAGAGAAAACCUCUUGUAGCUCGUGUGUGUGUUUUUUCUAUUAGUGUCUUUUUUUUUUAUCUCAUGUUGAUUGGCUUUGUUUUUCUUUUAUUUGGUUUUGUUUUUCUUGUAUUACAUUUGGGUAUGUGUGAUGGUGUUUUUAGGAUUAGAUCUUAGGAAAAAUAUGUGUUUAUAUAAGUGUUUUCGAGUGAAUGAAUUUGAGUUAUUGUUUGUUUGUUCUCUCCUAAACGUUUUGUGGUAAUAUAAUUUCUCGUCUUGUGGA